CUGUCGAGUUCCCCUGCCACUGGGACGGCGGUGAUGAUGACGGUGAUGGCAAUGACUCCCAUCCUCGCGAGAGUGAUGAUGAUGGUGGUGAUGGUGGUGGUGAUGGUGGUGAUGGGUUCGAGCCACGUUGGACCUGUGGGGACGGUCCGGGCCUCCGACCCAGACCUCCUGGUGUCUUCGCUGGACUGGCCGGGGGGCGACGGGGGGUCUGGUGAGUCGAUCCCAGAGCCAUUCCCUCCACCGCCACAACCACUACGACCACCGACACCGACACUUCGACGACGACCUCGACCACAUUGGCCCACCAUCACUCCCCGCGUGCUCGCCUCACGCUCGAGGCGCUCGGCGCUCUUUCCCGACGGAGUGAAGAUCUGCUCACAGGAGUCCGUGGACAAGGUGGUUGCCAGCUACCUGAGCUUCUACAGGCUCAGAGUAUGCCAGGAGGUUGUGUGGGAGGCUCACCGAGUCUUCUUGGAGCGCCCUCCUACGCGCUCCGACUUCCAGCAGCUGAUGGCUCGCUGCCAGUCUGGAGAGGCGUCGCCCUUCGCCAUCGGAGAGGAGUUGAGCCGCUCGGAUGAACACCGCGGACUCGUCGUCAGGAGAAUCGAAGGGGAAGAGACAUCGGACUCGAGCGACCCAAUGGCGGAGGCAGAUCCGGCCAUCUCGGCGAUUCCAGUUUUUUACCCUCCAGGAUUCCCUGCACAUCUUUCCGAGGCAGAGGUCAUGGGUCCUGGCGAGAACCUGGAGCUCAGCGAUGACACAGCUGAGUUUAUCAACGCCAUUCCUGACGCGGACGAAGGAGGUGGUGAUGGCUCUUCCUCGGUGUCUGCUGACAUUCUGGGCUACGUCGAUUCUCCAGAUAAAGAAGACAGACACACAGCCCCCGGCGCAAUGGGGACAGAGGCAGAGACCACAGGGGGACACGGAGACACGGAGACGCUGGGACACGGAGACACGGAGAUGCUGGGACACGGAGACACGGAGAUGCUGGGACAUGGAGACACAGAGAUGCUGGGACACGAAGACACGGAGACGCCCUCGCUCAUCCCGUCCGGGGAGUCGCUCGCCAACCUCCUGCCCACCGAGGAGCAAGCGGGAGAGGAGGAGGUGAAGACGACGGAGGAGGAAGUGACGACAGAGGAGGAAGUGAAGACAGAGGAGGAGGUGAAGACAGAGGAGGAAGUGAAGACAGAGGAGGAGGUGAAGACAGAGGAGGAAGUGAAGACAGAGGAAGAAGUGAAGACACAGGAGGAAGUGAAGACAGAGGAAGAAGUGAAGACAGAGGAGGAAGUGAAGACAGAGGAGGAAGUGAAGACAGAGGAGGAAGUGAAGACAGAGGAGGAGGUGAAGACAGAGGAGGAGGAGGAGCGGGGGAGGGGGCGCCACGUGGUGCCGUUCAGCGUGAGGUUCAACAACCUCGACUUCUCGGAGGAGGAGCUACGCGACGAGCAGUCGGCGCGCCACCAGGCGCUGUCGCACACCUUGCGUCUACAGAUGCAAAAGGGGUUCCAGAAAGUUCCAGGAUUCAAGGAGCUGAGGGUGACGGGCUUCAGGAAGAGGAAGCGACCCACGGGGUCUCGGGGCAGCUCGGUGGUGGUCCGCUAUGAGGCGGAGUUUGAGGAUGGAGUGGCGGGGAGUGAUUGGACAGAAGGAGGAGGAGGGCUGCUGCAGGGAAACCUGGUCACCUCAGCCACAGGUGCCGGAGAGACGAACCCCAGACGGGAGUCGAACCGGGACUGGAGGAAGGUAGUGGCCGCGGCACUGAGUGACCGCGGAGUGGAUGCCAGCCAAGACCUCCAGGCAGCUGCGCUGCUGCAGCUGAGCGAAGCGAACGCAGAGGGCAGCGGCCUUGAGCCCGGCGAAUAUUCGGUGGCGGGAUUCUCGGAUGGUGUGGAAGAAGAUGAUGGUGGCGGCGGUGGUGGGGCGACGACCGCGACUGAAGCAUCUACUGUCCAGACGACUCCGCAGCACGAUCAGCAGGAGCAUAGACAGGAGGAUGUUGAGCAAGAACAGUCAGCGAUGGAAGACUCUGUCCAGACGACCGGGACAGCCGCGGAGACACAGACGGACGCGGAGGAGGUGGAGGAGGCCAGCGCCGAGAUUGAAACGGGAGAGGAAUCCGCCACUGACGACGAUGUUGUGGUGUUGGAGGCGCACCUGAUGCCCUCGUCGCUCGAGGAAGAGACGGCGAACGGGAGACCCGGAGCUUCUUACCACCACCAAGAUGAGCACGAAGACCACCAGCACGACGACCACCUCCACUUCCUCCACGAAGUUCCGCUUGAUGGAGACGCCCUCGCCGGAGCAAUGGAGGGAGGUCACGACCCCGAGACUGUGAUGGCGGCAGUGGACACCACGGUAGUGGCAGCCGUGGCGGAGGUGGUGGUCGACGAGGCAGUGGCAGAGGAGGAGGCGGAGGAGAAUCUGGGUGGAGAGUCGAGCGGAGAGGAGGGUGGCGAGGGUAGCGGUGGCGGCAAAGGUGGCCAGGGCGGCGAGGUCGAGGAGGGUACCCAGGGUGGCAAGGGUGGUGACAAUGAAGAGGGUGGAGAUGGUGAAGACGUUGGCAAGGGCGGCCAAGGUGGCGAGGUUGGCACAGCGGAGGAAGCGGAGGAGGACGCGGGCGACGAGGGCGUCGAGAGCUCGGAUGAGGCCCAGGCAGUGCAGUGGGACGACCGCUGGGCCGGGCCUCCGAUGACCUCGCCGGUGGUGGCCGUGUCGGGAUCGCGGGACCUCAUCGUCUUCUUCAGCCUCCGCGUCACCAACAUGGCCUUCUCGGAGGACCUCUUCAACAAGAGCUCCUCCGAGUACCGAGCCCUCGAGCAGAACUUCCUCGAACUGCUUGUCCCGUACCUGCAGUCGAACCUCACGGGCUUCCAGAACAUGGAGAUCAUGAACUUCCGCAAUGGCAGCGUGGUAGUCAACAGCCGCAUGAAGUUCGCCCACCACGUGCCCAACAACGUGACACGCGCCGUCCAUGUCAUCCUGGAGCGCUUCUGCAAUGCCGCCUACCAGCACAUGAACAUGGAGAUCGACCGGCAGUCACUGGACGUCGAAUCCGGCGACAAUGCGGACCCGUGCAAGUUCCAGGCAUGCAACGACUUCUCAGACUGCCUGCCCAACCGCUGGUCGGGCGAGGCCGAGUGCGUCUGCCGCCCGGGCUACGCCAGCGUGGGCGGCCUGCCCUGCCAGAGCCUCUGCGACCUCGACCCCUCCUACUGCCUGCACGACGGCAAGUGUGACGUCGUCGACGGGCAGGGCGCCAUCUGCAGGUGCCGUGUAGGAGAGAAUUGGUGGUACCGUGGCGAACGCUGCCAGGAGUUCGUGUCCGAGCCGCUGGUGGUGGGCAUCUCCCUCGCGUCCGUCGCCGGCUUCCUUCUCGUCUGCUCGGCCAUCGUGUUCGUGGUGGCGCGUGCACUCAGGGGCUCACGGAGAGACAAGGGGGAGGAGAGAGGUGGAGGAGGUGGCCGCUCGUCAUCCAGCUCGGGUGAAUGCAGCGGCAGCCUUUCGACGUCGCCGGAGGAUGCAGUGAAGUACAACCCGGCGUACGAGAGCGACGCGCCCACCACAUCACGCUACCAGCAACGGCGCUCGCCGCCUUCUGCCCCCUCCCUACUGGCGAGCGUCAGCGACAUGGGCAGCUCCAGCAGUGACCCCUCGCACAUUUACCAGCACGCCGAGCUCACACGGGAGGAGAUUGAGGAGAGGAUGCGGAUCGUGGAUCUGUACGCCCUGGACAAACACCGAACGGCUCAGCUCAAGAAACAGAUCAAAUGGCAUCAGCAGCAAAGCAGCAGCAGCAGCGGAGGCAAAGCAGGAACUUCUGGGCAUAACGGAUGAGGGCAGACGGGGAGAGCGAAACGGGAGAAUGGCCUCAAUCAAGGCCACUGUACAGCCUACUGAAGAUUCGAGCUACACACUCAUGGCACACACACACACCCAACACACACUGGUGCAUACGCCGCACACACACACACACUGGCGCACAUGCACUCACUUACUCAUUCGCUACACAGACACAUAUGGUGCAUUCUCCUAUAACGCUUGUGUGUUCGCAACGCGAAUUGGAUAUAUAUGUGUAACGCGAUUGAGCUGAACGGAACUGCGUCGCGCGCCAGUAGGAUAUAAGCGGUGGGUUUGUAACGGCUGUUGCCUCGGCGUAGCAUCAUCAUAAUGAGGCAUCAGGAUGCAGCUGGAUAACUCUAGUUCAUGCUACCCACACACACGGGCCCCUCAGUCAUUGUUUAGCCUUUGUUACGCAUCAUCUCACAUGUUAUCGCUGACUGUGCUUUAUUACAUGUUAUUUAUUAGUCAUCGUAACGUGAUCGAGCAGAACUUAACUACGUUGCGUGCCAGUAGGAAUAAGCGGUGGGUUUGUAACGGCUGUUGCCUCGGCGUAGUGUCAUCACCCAAGGUAUCGGGAUGCAGCUUGAUUACCUCUAGUAGAUGCCACCCACACACACUCACUCUCGGUCUUUGUUCAGGGCCUGCUUUUAUGCAUCAUCUCGUGCGUUAACGCGAACUGUGCUUUACCCCCUAUAAUUAUAUAUUAUUUAUUUUAACACGGGUGCAAAUUUAAUAUAUAUAACGCGAUUGAGUGGAAAUGGAACGAUGUUGCCAGCGAGUAGGAAUAAGUGGUGGUUGUAACGGCUGUUGCCUCGGUUUAGCAUCCUCAUCAUUAUCAUCAUCUCACAAGGCAUUGGGAUGCUGCUGGAUGCUUCUAGCUGAUGCUACCCACCAGGAAACCCUUAAUUCUAUGAAAUGUUA